AUGGAGCCCUUGCCCAAAGACGACGAUCACAACGCUGGUCGUCGGGCCCGCGAGGUAUAUCGUUAUUUUCGACCAGAGCGAUUGGCUCCAAUAGAUGAGAAUCAGUCGUUUGCCAGUGAUGAGCCGCUUCUGCUGGACCCGCCAGCUCGGCAGGGUUCUGCUACCUCAAGUCGCCCGGCAUCUAUCUCCCAAUCUCUAUCCAGCUCAAGAUCUGGUUCACAGGCAUCAUGGGCGCCACCUUUAGCCCCAAUGCCCAACUCUUUGGUCCUGGGUAACUCAAACGAGACACUACAUUUAUUUGCGCAAUUAGCUGCGUUGCGGCUUAACGUGGAUCGCGUGUUUAUAAGUGUGUCAGAUCGCAAUUCCCAGUUCAUUAUCGCACAAGCUGCUCAAGAUACUAAAGACAACAACAAAUAUGAUCUCCUCGGCGAUGGGGUCUAUACCGGCAGUACCACGCUCGAUGUCAGUUCGUGGACACCAUGUCAGGAUACCAUUGCCCUUCCUCAAUCUAAACGAGAAGAAGGCGAUAACUUUGUGGUUUCCAACGAUAUGAGGGAAGAUGAACGCUAUCAAAAUCUUCCCUUCGUUCAAAGGAAGCCAAACUUCCGAUUCUACGCAGGCACGCCUCUCACCACAGAAAGCAAUAUCAAUGUUGGCUGUUUCUUUGUCCUCGAUACGAAACCUCAUUUCGAGUUCAGCCAGUCCGAAAAAGAAACCAUGAGCACCAUGGCAAUGCUCACCAUGGACUUCCUUAGGGUGAGCCGACAAGCCUCAGAAGGUCGGCGUGCAAGCCGACUAUCUCGAGGUCUGAGCUGCUUCGUCGAAGGCAGGUCGAAAUUCGCAGAUUCGUCCGAAGAUCCAAUUUCGCAUAACUCCAGCCCGCAACGAACCUCCCGUGCAAUUUCGAAAUCAAGAUCAAGAAGCCAUUUGCCCGCUUCUAAUAACCAAGUUUCUCCCGGAAGAUCUCUUUCUCAGGGCAGCGAUGCUCGUUCCAUCAGUCCUUUGUCAGACAUCAAUGCAGAUCAAUCUAGAGGCUCUAGUGUAGCUUCGCGUUUCUCUGAUUUGAGAUCCGGUAAUAUGAAUGUGCCAAACGAAGAUGACGAAUUCCAAGGAAACGCCUGGACUUUCCAGCGAGCAGCAAAUCUGAUUCGAGAAAGUCUGGAACUGGAAGGCGAAGGUGGUGUGGUCUUUGUCGAAGGUGGAAAUGACAUGAUGAUUGAUUUCGACACCAGAAGUGAAGUUUCAGGCUCACUGGAAAACAACAAAUCCGCCACUGUUCUGGGGAUCUCUGCUGGCGACUCCCCUCUAGGACCAGAAACAGGUUCUAUUGCUCAAUUCCCAGUGUCUGGGAUAGACGAUGGUUUUCUUCACGGUUUGCUCUGUCGUUAUGGACAGGGGAAGCUUUGGUCAUUCCACCGGGAUGGCCUCUUCUCUAGCUCUGAUAGUGACGAAUCCGCCGAUACCUCUCGCGAAAGCCGUGCCCGCGAACGAACUCGGACUACAAAGGCGAAACGUGCGAAGAAGUGGAAAACGAUUGAGAAUAAGAUGCUCAAUCAGUAUUUCCCAGGAGCCACUCAAGUGAUGUUCGUUCCUUUGUGGGACGCUAUCAACUCUCAAUGGUUUGGUGGCUGCUUCUGCUGGAACAAUGUUGAGAAUGUCGUUUUCGAUCCACAGGUGGAAUUGAGCUCGUUACUUGGAUUUGGAUCUUCAAUCAUGGCUGAAUGCAACCGGAUCCAGUCUCAAAUGUCGGACCGACAGAAGGCAGACUUCCUUGGAAGUGUGUCGCAUGAAUUACGAAGUCCUCUCCAUGGAAUUCUCGCAGCCGCGGAAUUGCUACAAGGCACGAAGCUCGAUGACUUCCAAGGCUCUCUUCUGGGAACUAUCAACGCAUGUGGUCGAACUCUGCUUGAUACGAUGAACCAGGUUUUGGAUUAUACCAAGCUCGUAUCUUUGGAAAAGGAUCUUCACCACCUGAAAAGAAACAGGGCGUCUACUGUGGACCUGAAGAGUAUGCAACGCUCUGCUUCACAAUUAGAUGCCUACAUGCCUACCGAUCUCUCCCUUCUCGCCGAGGAAGUAGUUGAGGGUGUUUGUUUAGGUCAUUCAUAUGGUCAACGACCAGCAUCCUCUUCUGCAUCAGCUGGCACGCCUCUAUUCAACCCGAACACCCCAAAGAACCUCGAUAUCCCUCAGCUGCACGUGGAUGUAGAUAUGCACAUUGCUCACAAUGAUUGGGUCUAUUACACACCCCCGGGUGCUCUCCGUCGCAUCAUUAUGAAUGUCUUUAGCAAUGCAGUCAAAUAUACCGAUUCAGGCCGAGUUUCGCUUCAUUUAGAGGCGAAGGAAGCCUCCGAGAAUUGGUCUCAAGAACAAGGCGCCAAAGAAGAUAUGAUUACCCUGACAGUCACUGACACUGGCAGAGGAAUGUCAGCGGAGUUCCUACGUGGCAGGCUCUUCAUUCCAUUUGCCCAGGAAAACAGUCUGGCUGUUGGAACCGGGCUGGGUCUCUCGAUUGUUCGCAGUCUUCUCAAAUCUCUGGGCGGAAAUAUUACCAUCGACAGUCGCCAAAAUGAAGGAACAACCGUCAAGGUGACACUCCCACUGGCACGCCGAGAACCCAAUCGGGAUGGCAUCUCCAGUCCCCUACCAACACCUCUGCCAGAAGUGGAUACCGAAUCUCCAUCAACCGAAGUGCGCCUCUUGAGAAACGCGCACGCUGGUCGAACCAUUGCCAUCAUGGGUGUGGAGCCUGAGAAUGCUUCUACUCAUCCUCAGUGGGGAGCAUUCUCUCGUUACUUGACUGACUGGUACGGUCUCAAAUUGGUCUCGUCUUCAUCCAAAGCGCCCAUUGAUGUCAUUUUGGCCAGUGAACUCCCACUGAAAGAAGACAUAACCUGGGAUAUAGAGUCAAAGCAAGCCAUUCUUGUACUGAGUCGCAAGUUCGUCAGCAACAAUACUGGCCAACCUGAAUGGUCGUCAACAAACGCCAUGACUAUUGUCAAUCGUCCGUAUGGUCCACACAAGCUUUCACGAUUCAUUCACAAAUGUUUCGAUCAGGCUUGUGCAUUACCAGCUGCCGAGUUGGUAGCCGUACCCAAGAAAGAUGGAAACUUCCCACCAACACCCCCAGAAGAAGGUUCUGCAGCGCAACCAAUUUCUCAAGUCGAUGAUACACGAACUUCAACCACAGAGCAUAUCCCUCCAAUACCCCAACCUUCCUCUAUACCCGAAAACACCGAAAACCCGGAGGAUAUCGAACCUGCAGCAGAACCUCGAAAACCUCGUAUCCUGGUGGUUGAAGACAACAAAAUAAAUUUAAAUCUAAUGCUCACUUUCCUCAAAAAGCAAAAUAUAAACACCGUCGACUCGGCCGAGAAUGGACAGCUAGCGGUGGAUGCAGUGGAACGAAUGCAACCGGGCUAUGAUAUUAUCUUCAUGGAUAUCUCAAUGCCCGUUAUGGACGGCUUCGACGCCACACGAUCCAUCAGAGCUCUCGAAAAACACCGCGACAACUCCAAUCCGUCAGUCAUCAUUGCAUUGACAGGACUCAGCGGCUCAAACGAUGAAUUUGAAGCUCUGAGUUCAGGCAUGGACCUAUUCCUGACCAAACCGGUCACGUUCAAGGAUGUCUCUAAAAUCCUUGAUAAAUGGUCUGAGAGAGACCUGCGAGAACCAGAUGUGCCAGAACCGUGA